CAACUGCGGCAUCUUUUCUCGUGCCCAGAGAUUGUCGCGUUUCGCCAGUCGCCUCCGCGUUCCCUUAGACGAAAGAUCUUCCGCGAAAAUGACCGGGGGGAAACGCCUCUUCUCGAAGACAGAAUAGGAAAAUUAUCGCUUUUUGAACCAAUAGCGAAAAAAUGGCACGAAAAUAUGACUUAAGAGUGUGAAAAUCGGCGUUUGUUCAUCGCCACAGGAAGAGGGUGUAUGACGGCCUUCCUGAAGGGUUGCCAUAAAGCUUAAAUCAGUAAAGGGGUUUAAAGCGUGCACUUUUUUGUAUAUAUAAUACGAGAGCGUACAUGAACCUCGACGCCGUUCCGCUACAGGCGUUGUAUCAUAACGCUAAAACUGAAGUACAAUCUCGAGUGACGUCAUUAGAAAUUUAAAACAAAAAAACAAUGAGCCUUGAAAAAAGAAAGUCGUUUUAUCUCCCGAACUUGACGCUGUGACUCCCAAGUGUGAUAUAUUUCGAAGUGGUUUUAUAACGAUGCUGAGACUAACUGCUGCCGCCCUCGUCCUAUUGGUGUCCUGGCGGGCGGCGAGAGGAGAGGAGGAGACGCGUUGGUGCUACGAGUGCGGGACCGGCGUGGCAGGAGAGCCGAACUGCGUGGAGUUCAUGGCGUCGGGAACCUGGACGGCGUUCUGGAGGCAGUGCGCGGGGGACGCCCUCUGCGUCAAGACUGUUCCCGGAUGGAACACGACGGACGAGAGCCGGGCCGUGCGCGGCUGCACGCCCCAGCGCAGCCUCCGCGGCAGCAAGCACCAGGACGGAUGCUGGACUCACCCCAUCUCGUCGUUUCUCACCUGCUACUGCUCCACGGACCUCUGCAACGCCGCCCACGCGCCCACGCCCGCACUCACGCCCGUGCUCUUCGGUCUGGUCGCUGCUUAUGUGGUGGUGGGUGGGUGAGGGAUGGGGGGAAGGGAAGGGAGGGGGGAGGGAAGGGGAAGGGAUGAGGGAGGAAGGGGAGGGAGAGGGAGGGGAGGCGAUGGAGGAGGGAGGAAGGAGAGGGAGACAGGAGGGAAGAAGAGGUGGGGGAAGAGGGAAAGGAGGAGAGAAGAAAUGAGUGAGAGAGAGGGGAAGGAUGAGGAAGAGAGAGGACAGGGGCAAGGAUGAAAGAGGAAGACGAAUGAGGGAAGAGGGAGGAUGGGACAGGGGGGGGGGGCAGGAGGAGACAAGGGAGAGACGAAAGAAAGGAGAGAAGGAGGGAAAGAGAAAGGAAAUUAGAAAAUGGGCUGAGGCGACGAGUGAAGGAAAGAAAAAUAAAAGGAUG